UCCUCCACUGUGGCAGAAGGAAUGCAGGCCUGAGCGUGAUGAAACCAUCUAGCCCCUAACCAUGGGCAAUUUAGAGGAUCACAGACCUGAGGGAAUUUGAAUUAUCUAUCUCCAAAUCAUGGGCAAUAAACUUUGUAAGGAUGGCAACCCUUGUGAAAUCGUAAUUGUAAAUGUUGAGCAGAUCUCACCACAGAAAAAGGAAGAGGCAGAGGCAGAGGCAGAGGAAAUAACACCAGAGGAAACUUCUGACUCUACACUAGCAGCCACAAAGAUCCAGGCCUGGUGGCGGGGCACCCUGGUGCGACGCACGUUGCUACAUGCUGCCCUGAGAGUUUGGAUCAUUCAGUGUUGGUGGAGGAAGAUACUGGCCAAGCUGCUGGAGAGGAGACGGCGGACGAUGCUGGAGUUGAAUACACGGCAAAUCUGGGCCUGUGUCAAGCUGCAGGCCUGUGUUCGAAUGUGGCUCAUCAGACUGCGAUACUGUCGUGUGCUCAAUGCUGUCCGGGUCAUCCAGAUCUCCUGGCGCUGGCACAGUUGCCACACCCGUGGCUUUUUCCGGGGAAAUUACGAGAUCACAGAAAAUGAGCUAAAACUUCAAAUUGACAUUUUUCUGGGAUCACAGAUUUGUCGGAUCACCGAUUCCAUCCCCUUCCCAAUAAAGAACUGACCAGGUCUGCUCCAAAUAUGCGUCAGUAGAUCUUUGUUAGACAAGCUCCUGGAGGUCUGCAUCUCAGCAAAGGGCCAGGAAAAUGAUGGAAGGGCCAGGGCCAGGCAGAGGGCCCAACGUUGAGUGGUUCUGUCUCUUCUGACUAGCCAGUCCUAAGCUGUUGGCUCAGCCGGACUUGCCUUUUCAUGGAAACACCAACCAGAACAGGCCCUGAGGUUCCUCCUCACUCCAUUUGCUGCCAUCUCACAAAACCUGGAGUUCCUCCUCCUCCUGAAACAUUUUGGAUACACAGUGACUCUCUCCAUAGGAUAUGCAAGUGCAAUAAACUGUUUGUUGAGCUGCU